GCAGUCCAGCCCAAGGCGGCACACGGAAGCCCCAGCGGCGGCCAGCCUCCCAGCAAGGCGGUGUCCCGAUCACGUGGUCCGACGACGCUUCAACCCCACCCCUGCCUGGGUCGGGCCUGGUCUGCGCCUGCGCGGGCGCGGGCUCGCUCGCCGGCCGUCCUGCGGGCGGGCGCCCGCGGCCGUGGUGUUGAAGAUUGAACAUGCAGUAGGAUGCAGUUGUCAAUAUUGACCCCAGAAGAGAGAAGGCUAACAAUGGGAAGCAUUGGGAAAGUUACCAGAAAGCUGUCAUCAUCAGUGACAGGCUUAGUCAAUGUCUCAGGCGAUUUCAGGGUGGUCCUGGAGUGUAGGAGUUGGCUCGAAGUGGAGUCUUCUUUUGUAGACAAGCUGGCCCAACCUGCCGUCCUUUUGCUUCAGCUUUCUGAGCGUGGAGAUUGCAGGAGACCUCCAGGCCGUGCUAGAGCGAGCUCUUGGACCAUUUUUGUGAUUUGCUGACCAGUCUGUGGCUUUAUUGUCGUUGAGGACCCAAUGCCUAGCAGAGGACCAAAGUUCACAGGUACAAAAUACAUGGAAACCAAGUUAAAAAAAUUUCCUAGAGAAGAAGGGUCAUAAGCACCAUGAUGGACUCAGAAGCGCAUAAUAAGAGGCCCCCAAUAUUGGCCCCUUCGAGCCAGGACUUGUCGCCUCACAUUGCAGACGUGGGUGAGAUAAAGCAUUACUUCUGUGGCUGCUGCGCGGCCUUCAACAAUGUGGCCAUCACAUACCCUGUUCAGAAGAUCCUCUUUCGGCAGCAGCUGUAUGGCAUCAAAACGCGCGAUGCCAUACUCCAGCUGAGGAGGGAUGGGUUUCGAAACUUGUAUCGUGGGAUCCUCCCCCCACUGAUGCAGAAGACAGCCACACUGGCACUAAUGUUCGGUCUGUAUGAGGACCUGUCUCGCCUGCUCCGCAGGCGUGUGAGCAGUGCUCCCGAGUUUGCCAUCAGAAGUGUGGCAGCCGUGCUUGCCGGGACAACAGAAGCCGUUCUCACUCCAUUAGAAAGGGUUCAGACUUUGCUUCAGGACCACAAGCAUCACGAUAAAUUCACAAACACUUACCAGGCCUUCCGGGCCCUGAGAUGCCAUGGAAUUACAGAGUACUACCGCGGCUUGGUGCCUAUCCUCUUCCGAAAUGGAUUCAGCAAUGUCCUGUUUUUUGGCCUUCGGGGGCCCAUUAAGGAGCAUCUGCCCACUGCCACUACGCAUAGCGCACACUUGGUCAACGACUUUAUCUGUGGAGGUGUGCUGGGUGCCAUGUUGGGGUUCUUAAGCUUCCCAAUUAAUGUUGUAAAAGCUCGAAUACAGUCUCAGAUUGGUGGGCCGUUCCAGUCUCUCCCCAUGGUUUUCAAGACAAUCUGGGUAGAACGGGACAGGAAACUGAUCAAUCUUUUCAGAGGUGCCCAUCUGAAUUACCAUCGCUCUCUCAUCUCCUGGGGAAUAAUCAAUGCAACUUACGAGUUUUUGUUAAAGAUUGUAUGAUAAGGUCACUACAGGAAAUGUUUUUCUCAACCAGCUAGACCUAAAGAGAAUGCAACAAGGUUUUGCUCCUGAUUGGCGUAAAUACAGGUUGGCAUCAUUAAGUCCAGGCCAUAAUAAUCUACAGACAAAACAAUAAAAGGUUUCAGUGGGCAGAUGGCAGGGCUGUGGUUUGAUCAUUACUCAAGAGCUUUAGGCUGUUACCUGGUAACUAGCUGCAUAUCUGAUGACCUUUUCAGGGCAGCUGUCAGCCAAGAGAGAUGCCUUUUCCUCCCGGAAGGGGCUGCUAGGCUCCUGUAUGGAAACGAUGGCGUCAGCAGCCAGGGCAUAUGCUCCUACCCCAGGGCUGCUCAGGCUUCCUCUCUCACCUCAUUCACGGCUUCUGUGCUCCUAGGAUCACCUUCGUUAAACCCAAGCAUUGCAUGGUGGGCUGGAGCAGACAGACAGAAGACAGCGUCUAGGCUGGACAGUUCCAGGAAUUAUUGAAGUUAGCUUUGAAGCUAAGUGCUGUGGAGAUAGUCAUUAUCCAGACUCUUUAUUUAGAUUUGAUAGUAUUUAGCAGCUAAUGAAAGCUUCCAUUUCACUGUUUAGCUUUGAACAUUUUCUAUUUAAUUCUGAAUGUGACUUUAAGCCCUUCCAGAAUGUUCUUGUGCUAUUUUACUGAAUUCCUUGCCAAAAGAUAGGGUGAGCUAGUUACUUCCGUUGUGUGCUUCAUCCUGGGAACACAUCCGGGCACUGCAAGGUCUCCUGUUUUUGCUUGCUUUCUGCUACUGGUGCCAACGUAGCUGAGCAGAGGGGGCAUUGUCCCUUGUGAGUAGUAACUGUCAUGUUUGUCUAUCCUGUUCUCUGGUACUAGACUUUAAAAAAAUAAACACUUCCAUAAAGUUUAUUUGGGGAGUCCGUUAAUACAAUUGCAGGGUUUUUCUUGGUUUCACAGUGCUGCUGCAGAGUGAGGUGAGAAGCAGAGAGUGGGUUUUCCCAGUGCUCAUUCUCCAUUUCUCUGGAAAGAGACUUCCUCAGGGUUGACAUUCUAGGAGCCCGGUUAUCACUGUGCCAUUAGAACAGUGGAAGAGAGGCUGGUCUGAGCCUCAGCACCUGACAUCUGGAGCUCAGGUAGGGUUUAACAGGCACAGAAGAGCUAGGAAUCAGUUAUUUUCUGGGUAAAUGUGACAUGACUCAUAAUCCAAAUGAUAUAACAUCCAUUCUGGAAAAGUAGUUUAUGAAUCUUAAAAAAGCUGUCUGUAAACACUAGAUAACUUGUUUCCAGGAUUUAAAAAUCAGCUUACCCUUUUUUUUUUUUUUAAUGGUGCUAGGGAUGGAACCCAGCCCCUUGUACAUCCUAGGCAAGUACUACCCGCUGAGCUACACUCCAGCCUCCCCAGCUUUGAUCCUUUGAGACAGGAUCUCAACAUGUAGUCCAGGCUGUCUUGAGCUCACAGAAGUCCAUCGGGCUCUGCCUUCUGAGCGCUAGGAUUAGUUAAAGGCCUGAGCUGCCAAUACCUAGCAUUUCCAGUCUUUAAAGGUGUCUUACAGUUUUUCAUCUUUCCGGGUAAUUGCAUACAAGUAUGUGCUCACACCUACAAACUGAAAUCACACCCUCACCUGGAGUUUGCUAGAAGUUUCUGGGGCAGGUAAUCCAAGACAGCUGUUUACCUCUACGCUAAAGCUGGUGAAAUAAACAUUCUUCCAGCUGUAAAGCUGGGGAGCAUAGGAAGCUUUGGGACAGCAGGAGUGGAGGGAGGUCGGAGGCUUCGGAGCAGCACCGAUGGAAGAUUUUGUGUGGUGCAGUACAGACAUGCAGGUGUGAGGAUUCGGAAGACAGGAUUUGACCCAGAUAAACUGAAACGGAAGUACUGUGGCUUCGGUGAAGAUUUGAGGGGGUGAACUCUCACAAAGGAAAGAUGGCACCGGGACUCCUGGCCCCGGGUUCACGUGUGCAACGUGAGCACCCACGGGCCUGCACGGGCCACACAGGGACAGGGAGUUAGUCAGGAGUCGGACCUUGGCCCUGGCCUGAGUGAUACGGACUCAUUUUCUCACACUCCAUGCAGGUGUGGAAGUUGUGCAUCGUAAAGCGCUCCUGUCGAGUACAGGAGAAUUAUAAGGAUAAUGCUUUGGCUUAUGCUCUCUUGAUUAUGUGGCAUUUUAAAACAAUUACUAAACUUCUUAAUGAUUUUUAACUCCUACGCAAUUCGUCACACUCCGAGCUCACAAAGACUAAACUGCAGUAUAUUCCAGAGGUGGCUUUGUCUCCCACCACCUUAAGCUUGACAAAAAAACAAAAUUCAUUUGUCUGAACUUUGUAACCCACUUUGUCUGAACUUUUAUGCCGGAAUAUAAUUAAUAGAUUCUAACUAGUGUGGUGAUACGUUUUUUACAGGCAAACAUGAUUAAAGAACUCUGAAAAGCUUUAAAGUGACCUUUCUGUUACGUGUGUGGCACAGGUGGCUCAUGAGCACAGGACACUGGUAUCCUGUGUUUCCUAUCUGACGCUAUCAGAAACACAUCAUGAGUUCCCAUUUAACAUACUUCGGUGCCGGUAACCUUCAGGACUGCGCCAGGGUUGACAGCACAGCCUUUGCAUGUUGGCAAGUUGGUAUCUUACUUCAUUUGUGGUUAGAGAUGUGUUUGUGCCUAUCAGCAUCCAUCUUGUGGUGGUCAUAUAAUCACUUGCUAUAUAUUGUGACCUUGUGCAAUAAAGCAGAAUUGUGUAUAUAUAUAUAUAUAUACAAUUAUAUAUAGUUAUAUUCGUGUACCUGAGAUCCCUACCUAAGUUCAAUUCCAAUGUAGAUAAGGCUGCAAACUUGUAAGGCGCAAAGGGUUGGCUUUGUGUGAGAGGCUACCCUGGGGUGAACACUGGUUGGAGGAGAUCGGUGCAGUGUGGGAUGGCGUCACAGAUGAGGCCACAGACUGUUGGCAAUAAGGCACUCAUACUUGGUUUAUGUUAAAUGUAUCUUUUCUCAUGUACAAAUAAAUGCACAUCAAAACUUGAA